AUGCUCUUCUUUUCUUUGACCUGGCUCUUUAUUCCAGCUUUCUUGCUCACUUUGAAACCGGUACUGGCCGUUCCCGGUCUAGUCACUGGUUUUACGACGCCCGCCAUUGCAGUAGAAGGCACACCGUUCACUGCCACGGUCUCAUAUCAGGGGAGUCCUGUUGCGGCCCACACCUUUGCAAUUGCAUGGGUUAUUACCGACCAGAUUAUCGCCCAUGGCAAAGUAGUCGGUGAUCUUAUUGCUUAUAGCGAUCUACAUGCUCUUGACAACUACCAACCCAAACAAGGUUUUGAACUCACCAUCGAGCGUAAUGUUCCCGCCGGUAAAACAGUCCUCGUUGCCGCCGUAUUUUCUCAAGUUCUGAAUGGUCCAAUCCUAGUCGAGGAAUUCUACCAAAACUUGACUGUUGUCAGGACAGGACCAAUUAAGCCCUCGAGUGCUUAA